GUAAAAAAGUAUACUACACUCGCGAGCUCUUUCUCCAUCUAGUUUUCAUUGGACAGUGACAGUGCUUUCUAUACCUUAAUUGGAGAGUAGUCGCAAGUCCAGUCUGUUGAUUGAUCACUUGUAAUGGCAGUAGUGUGUAUAUAUCGUGAUUGAAUUACCAUAAGCUACAAGCAUAAUCAGUGUAUAUUUAAUAUAAAAAAUUGUGUAAAAAGAAUUGACAAACAAUGGUUCAACAAUACCAAUCGCCCGUUCGAGUUUAUAAGCACCCCUUCGCUCUUGUCAUGAUGGCAUAUGAACGUAGAUUUCCUACAUGUCCACAGAUACCUGUUUUUGUUGGGUGUGAAGUUAUGUUAGAUGAGGAGAGCAAGGAUGGUGCUGUUAGAACCACAGAAAGACGGUGUAAAUUAAAUGUGGAAGCACCUUAUAUCUUAAAAAAAAUAAUUGGAGUGGAUUUUGUAUACUUUAUUCAAAGGAAUGUUUUAGAUAGACGCAAUAAUGUUUUGGAAAUAGAAGCUUACAAUGAAAGCUUUUCCUCUAGAGUGACUGUUAUUGAGAAAUGUAGAUAUUUUAUUCAUCCUGAAAAUGCAGACUGGACUUGCUUUGAACAGACGGCAAGUUUAGACAUAAGAAAUUUCUUUGGUUUUGAAAAUUCAAUGGAGAAAUUAGCAAUGAAGCAAUAUGCUCAAAAUAUUGCUAAGGGUAAGGAAAUUAUUGAGUUCUUCAUAAAUCAAUUGAAGGAAGAAGGCAUUACUUAUGUGUCUCCAUGGAAAGAUCCACAAGAGAAAUCACCUGAAGAAGAAAAGAAAAAUGUGGACGAAAAUAAUGAGUUAUAUAGCGACAAAGAAUUAUGCAAUGCCGACAGCAAACUGCCUAGCAACAGAGAGAUGCAACUGUCUUCGGAUUACAUCGAGAGAUAUUUAGGUAAAUUAGAUAUGCUACAGGAAAGCAAACUAGUCCAACUCAGACACAGUAUAGAGGAAUUAAGGGGAAGCUCUGUACCGGGAUACGCAACUCUUCUACGAUUCCUGCGAGCCGCAGAAUUUUCAGUCGAAAAGGCUAGAGAAAUGUUAACUCAAUCUUUACAUUGGAGAAAAAAGCAUCAAAUCGAUAAACUUCUCGAUGAAUACGAAAUGCCGCAAGUAAUUAAGGAUUACUUUCCUGGUGGUUGGCAUCAUUUUGACAAAGAUGGACGACCCUUAUAUAUCUUAAGGCUCGGUCAAAUGGACGUUAAAGGUCUACUCAAAUCGAUUGGAGAGGAUGAAUUAUUAUUACUGGCUCUACAUAUCUGUGAGGAAGGCCUGCACUUGAUGGAGGAAGCCACAACUGUUUGGGGACAUCCAGUUUCACAAUGGACUCUGUUAAUAGACUUGGAAGGUUUAAAUAUGCGGCAUUUAUGGAGACCUGGGAUAAAAGCAUUAUUGAGAAUAAUCGAAAUAGUUGAAGCAAAUUAUCCAGAAACAAUGGGAAGAGUUUUGAUUAUACGUGCACCUAGAUGCUUUCCUAUUUUGUGGACACUAAUCAGCACUUUUAUUAACGAGAACACUAGGAAAAAAUUCAUCUUCUAUUGUGGUACAGACUAUCAAGAGCAAGGAUCUGGAGGUCUCGGUGAAUAUAUUAAUCAAGAAUUUAUUCCCGAUUUCCUUGGUGGUUCUUCAGAGACAUAUAUAAUGGAACGUGGAGUAGUGCCGAAGAACUUAUACAGGCUGGACUUGGAGGGUACCACUGGUGAACACGAACACAGUUUAUAUCAUUCCAUCAGCUUGAGUCGUGGCCAAACUCAUCAUAUAUUCAUAGAAUCUGAUGAUCCAGGCGCAGUAUUGACAUGGGACUUUGAUGUGAUGCGGCAUAAUGUUGUCUUCACGGUUCUUCACAAAUCCAGAAAUAGUGAAAAUGGCGCGAUAGCAGAAAUCUCAGAGCUCGCAAUAGGUGGUGAUCACGAUAUCGUAGUUGCAAAAGAGUUAAGAGAUAAUUAUGUUAAAGUCGAACCCAGUGUAGUUUGUCACGAUGGAGAGAGUAUUCAGGGAACUCAUAUCAUGCAAGAUGCAGGUACCUAUGUAUUACAAUGGCAAAAUCAAGAAGACCAAACUGAAUUUCUUCCAUCUAUUAGUUCUCACAAGGCCCAACUUAUGUAUUUUUAUGAAACAUUGCCAUCUGCACAUUACAGGGGUUCAAUGAUGAGCUUGCAGUCUGCUAUAAGCGGAAGAUCAGAGGCUAGUUCGUCUUUAUCCAGAUGAAAAACAAUGGAUAUAAACAUUGAAAUGCAGGAAACUUGAGUGUGAUUUUAUUAUCAUCAUUUGAUAUGCUAUGAAGACAUAAAUCUCAUAAUUAUGUUUAAAGGGGUUAAGGUGUGACAUGAAUUUUAAUUAUUUUGAUAAUUUAUCUUUCAUUCCUUCGCGCGGUAACUUCCAUAUAUACUUCAAGUCCAAACUACUGCAGGAAUCCAAUUCUCAAGCCUAAAAUACUCACCUCAGUAAUUGCAUAGCCAAUGUUAUCAUAUUAUACUUGUUAAACAUUGAUACAGUGUAUAAUAAUGUUGUCUGUUUUAAACAUUAUUUUCGUAUAUAAACUAGAUCUCAAAAUAAAAUCUUAUACAUUUGAUAAAUCAUAUUACAAUAUAAGAAGUAAUUGAGCAUUACAACAAAAACGCAUUGUAAUUUCCAGCUCUAAGGUGAAUAGUACUACAAAGUACGCAGUUGUAAUUAAUGUAUAUUAAUUUAUAUAUACAUAUAUAUUUAUAUAUAAAGAACUCGAAUAACGAAAAAAUGUUCUUCCUUUGUGAAAUUACAUUUUACUCGUAACUUAUCUUGAAAAGGAAAGAACAUAUAUAGGAAUUUUUGUAGAAUUAUAACGAAACAUUCCAUCGCUGAUUGACAGAACACAUUGUACCGCAUUUAGUCCAUUUUUCGCAUACUUCCACGAAUCUUUUAAUGUAGCAUACAAAGCAUUAGCGAAUUACAUUAGAAUUUCACCAGAAUAAAUAGUAACAUAUAUAGAUUAAGUUAAACGUUUAAACGUUGUGAUGACGCUUUCAAGUUUAGGAAAAAUAGCUGCCUAAAAAUUAAUAAACACAUGCAAUAUAUUUAAUAAUUUGUGUGCCAAAAUGUUUAAUGAAGAAUACAUUUAGUACAACUAAAAGAACGAAUUAUCAUAAAUUAUAAUAAGAGAAAACUAAUUUUGAGACAACAAUAUACUAUUACAGAAUACAAUUUAUGAAAUAAUCAUUAAAUAUGGAUAAUUGCUUUGACAAGGAGAUAAUACUUCAAAUGUGUUAUUGUUAAUUUUCAGGUAGCACGCCUAGCAAGAAUACAUUAAUUUAAUAAGCAUAAUAUGUAUAUAAGUUAUUUGAAAGCCGACGAAGAUUAAAACAACUAAAGUUAUGAAAAUUAAUUCUAAAACGCAAGAUAUUAUAUUCAUAAUAUAUAAAUAUUGUAAAUAACUAUAGUCAAUUAUCGGAAUAAUAUAAGAACAAUGUUGAAAAUGCUCAUAUACUUUCGAUGUUGAUAUCGAAGUAUAAGCAAAGAAAGCUUUUAUAUGAGACUGUCCAUAAUCUCCAAGACAUAAUUUGUAGGAUUACAGAUGCUCUAUUUAUUAAUCAACUAUAUUAAUGAAUAGAAACAUUCUUCCAACGUGUUCUUAACAAAUUUUGUCUUGAUGAUUACUGAUUGCAACCAAUAGUUCAAGUAAGGAAACAACAUAUUUUUCAAAUGGAGAUUUUUGGGAUGGACAGAAGACAGAUAUGUUUUUACUAGAAUAACAUAACGAAAUUGUAUGGCCGGCCACUUGAUAUGAUAUCAGAAAUUAUACUUGUUAGACAAAGAGAGUUAAUUAAGAAUAUUGCAUUCACUGGUUAUUCAUCACUAGGAUCCAAUUUGCUGUUUUAAAAUAUAGUUAAAUAGUUGGCAUGUGAAGUAUGUAGCACGUCAUUAUAUUGCAUAUAGAGAGGAAGAAAAUGAGAAAUAAAAUGUAUAUGAAUUUGUAAAAUUUAUAUGCACGAAUUAUUCGAGGUAAUAGAAAAAAAAGUUUAUAGAAGUUCUUAUUAUCUAAUAGUGUGCAAUACGCGUCUUCUUUGCGACUAGAAAUUAUAUAACAUGAUAUUGUGAUUUAGAGAACAAAUAAGAUGACAACACACCACUGAUUUAAAACAUCGCAUAAUGUAGUGACACGUAGCUAGUAAAUGCUAGUAGCGUCGUUACUCCUAUUGUCAUACAAGUUCAAGGCAAUAAAAAUAAAAUUUUAUGUUUA